AUUUCCAAAUGAUAUGCAAUGAUCUUAAAUCAAUGAAUUGAAGAACAACGGCUGAGAAAGCUACAUGCCAACAAUAUCGCUUCAUGCUUCAAUAUGCUUCAUGGACUUUUACAUUUCAAAGUAUGAAAAUAUGAAAUACCUCAUACAAUUAUAGGAGAAAAUAAUUAAUAUGCUACUUUUCAAAUUUAGAUAUAUAUUGACUGACUCUUUGUGCCAGAAAACAUGGCGACAUGGCGUGUUGUUGUGGUCAAAACGCGUAUUGCAUAUGACAAGUCUCCUCAUGUUGACCGCUUGUUUCCAACGCCGAAAGCCUUUGCAUAUAACAACAGCCAAAGGCUGGUUAGGGAAAAUGAUCGAGCCUUUUCACAAAAUCUGCAAAUUAAAUUAGUUAAACAAGCUUGUAACUCUCCGAUCGAUGGCGUCCCUCAGCACUCAGAGAGCCUCUUCAUCUUCUUCUUCAACACCUCGAUGGAGAUACGAUGUUUUUCUCAAUUUCUACGGCGAAGACACCCGCAAGAAUUUUACAGAUCAUCUACAUGCUGCUUUAAUAAAGAAAGGCAUUAUCGUGUUUAGAGACAAUGAAAAGCUCAAGAGAGGAAAACAAAUUUCUGAUGAGCUCUUAGAGGCAAUUCAACAAUCCAUGUAUGUGAUUGUCGUCAUCUCUGAAAAUUAUGCUUAUUCUAAAUGGUGCCUCAUUGAACUUGCCCAGAUCGUCGAAUGCAUGGGAGAUACCUAUACAGGGCUCACAGUUUUGCCUAUUUUCUACCAUAUGGAUCCUUCCCACGUAGGAAAACAGAUGAAGAGUUUUGCAGAAGCUUUUGCUAGCCAUGAAAAAGAUCCCAAAGUUGACAUUGAGAUGAUGCAAAAGUGGAGAGCUGCUUUGACAAAAGUGAGUAAAAUUUCUGGAUGGCAUGUACUACAUGACACGCACGAAUCAAUAGUCGUGGAAGAAAUUAGUAGAAUGAUAUUAAGUGGAAGGAGUCGUUACUUCUCAAAUGUUUCCAAGGUUUUGUUUGGAAUAGAAUCUGGUGUGGAGGAAAUGAUGAGAUUACUUUGUAUUGGGUUGGAUGAUGUUCGCUUUAUAGGGAUUUGUGGGAUCGGUGGAAUUGGGAAGACAACUCUGUCAAAAGCCAUUUAUGAAAGAGUUUCUCAUCAAUUUGAAGCUAGUUGCUUUAUUUCUGGUAUUAGAGAAGAAUGCACAAGUACUCAUGGUCUAAUUGAUCUUAAAAAACAACUUAUUUUCGAGAUCCUCGCGGAAAGGGAAAUAAAUAUAUGGACUGACCACAGGUUAAGUGGAGUGAUAGAGAAUAGACUACGUACUAAAAAGGUUUUUAUUGUUCUUGACGACGUGGAUGGAGAAAAACAACUAAAAGCAUUAGCAUGGAGCCAUGGUUGGUUUGGUGAAGGGAGUAGAAUCAUUAUAACAAGCAGAGAUCGUCAUUUGCUGAAUAGAUUUGUGGAUAAUACCUAUACGGUUAAGGUGCUGAAUGAUGCUGAAGCUUUACAGCUCUUUAGUUGGAAAGCCUUCAAGAAACCCCAUCCUGAAGAAAAUUAUGUGCAAUUGUCUAAGGAUGUUGUGAGGUACGCUCAAGGCCUUCCUUUAGCUCUUGAAGUUUUUGGUUCCUUCUUAUAUGGUAGAAGAAUGGAUUCUUGGAUAAGUGCCAGGAAUAGACUAAAAGAAAAGCCAAACGAAGAAAUCUUGGAUAACCUUAAAAUAAGUUUUGAUGGAUUGGAGGAAUAUUUGCAGAAACAAUUGUUUUUAGAUAUUGCAUGUUUCUUCAGUGGAGUAUAUAGACAAAAUAUGAGACACAUACUAGAGAGUCUUGGUUACUAUCCGGACAUCGAUAUCGAUGUUCUUGUGGACAAAUCUCUUUUAGCACUCCCAUCACACGGAAUUUUAUGGAUGCAUGAUUUGUUACAGAAAAUGGGUCAGCAAAUAGUUCAUUGUGAGUCUGUUGAGGAGCCUGGCAGACGCAGUAGAUUGUGGCGUUACGAGGAUGUCCUUCACGUAUUGAAAAACAAUACAGGAACUGAUGCGGUUAAAAGCAUCGUCCUAAAAUUUCCUUUACAGAAACAUGAGCGACUAAAUGUUGAAGCCUUCUCAAAGAUGAAAAAAUUGAAAAUUCUUGAGAUUAGUAUAUGCGCUCCGAAAUGGCAUGGAGAUCCUUCAAAUUUCAUGUUAAGCAAUGAGUUAUGUGUCAUGAACAUGUUGGGAUAUCCUUUUGAAUCCUUACCGAUCAAUUUCCAACCAGACAAUCUUGUUGAGCUCAUUAUGCAUCACAGCUGCAUCAAAAAACUGUGGGAUGGAAGGAAGAGUUUUGACAAAUUGAAACUCAUUAACUUGAGUUACUCUCAAAACUUGAUCGAGAUACCAGAUUUCAGCGGAAUCCCGAAUCUUAAGGAACUAGACCUUCGAUAUUGUACAAGUUUGUCUAAGGUCCACCCAUCCAUUGGAUUUCUAAGACAGCUUGAAUGGUUGAAUCUACGAGAUUGCAAAAGUCUUGAGAGACUUGUAGACGAGAUCAUAUCAGAAUCUCUUGAAUAUCUUAAUCUUUCUGGUUGUUCAAGACUCAACAAGUUUCCAGAUUUUGUGGGUAAUAUGACAUCUUUGCAAGAACUUUGUUUGGAUGGGACUGCCAUAAAAGAGUUACCAUUAUCAUUUAAGACUUUGUCUCAUCUUCGAAGGCUUGAUAUAUCCCAUUGCUCGAGACUAGAGAAAAUCCCAAAAGACCUCAUCACUGGUAUGGAAUGUCUAAAGUACCUUUGUGUUGUUGGAAGUGGCUGUCUUUUGAUGCCUAAUUCGUUCUCGAGUUUAAGCUCUUUAAGAGAACUAGAUUUUAGUAAUUGCAAUCUAUCAGAUGGAGCGAUCCCCAAUGAUCUUUGCUGCUUAUCUUCACUUGAAUAUUUAAAUUUGUCUGGAAACAAAUUUACGAGGAUACCAAACAUCUGGCAGCUUUCUAAGCUUGACACACUAGAUUUAAGUCACUGCAACCUGUUGGAUGGAGCGAUCCCCAAUGAUCUAAGUGGCAUAUCCUCACUUUUAAGUUUAAAUCUAAGCGGGAACAACUUUACGAGACUGCCAGAUAGUGUGGCUCAACUUUCUCAUCUUGAGAGUCUUUACUUGGAAGAUUGUAGUUGGCUUCAAGUAUUGCCGAAGCUUCCAUUAAAAUUAAUACACUUGCGUAUAAAAGCUUGUCCAUUGCUUAAGAUGUUUUAUGACCAAUUGGACGUGUGGACUUCAAAUGAAAUAUUAAGGAGCACUGAUUGCUCUUUUGCGGCCAUUGAUAUUUAUUAUGAUGGCAAACCCAGCAAGAUCCUAUAUCUGCAUCCACUAAGUCCUUUAUGGAUUGAGAGCAAUGAUGUCUUUUCUUUCCAGUUGAAAACUAUUUAUACCGAGGUAGCAUGUGGCCCUGCGUUGCUGGGAUCAGGAAUCCCCGAGUGGUUCAACGAUAAAAGCACUAAUUCGUCUGAAACAAUUCAAAUGCAUACAUAUUUGGGCUUCGAUGGGUGGAACUGGAAUGAAUGGAAAAAGUGGAAGGGGUAUGCUCUUUUUAUUGUUUAUGAAUUUCAUGAGCCUGACAGAAAUAGAGAAAAACUAGAGGUCCAUGAGCAUGGGAAUUCUAAUUCUAGAAUAUUUGAUGGCGGCAAUCCUAAUUUUCCUUACUUUCUUUGUCAAUUUCAAGCCAAUGAAGUUGAUAUUGGAGAACCCUUAGUCCUUUUUGACCAUAGAGUCCCUUCUGUUGAGCCAAAUGGAUUUUGGGUGUAUAUACCAGCUUGGUGGUUCUGGAGGAAUGGUUUGGCUGGUAGAUGGAGCAACCUUGAGGCUUCAAUUACAACAAGCAGCCUGAACGUAGAGGUAAAGGAGUGCAGAGCGCGUGUAGUACAUGAGCAUGAUGCUUCAGAGUUCUACCAAGUUCUCAACAGCAUUUCUCCAAGUGGUUUAGAUUUAAAAAGUGGUCGGAAACCUUUUUUAGAUUUGAUCAGCAAUAAUUUUCUCGAAGUCGUUGGUCCCAUAAGAUAUAGCUUUUGAAAAAAAAUCAAAAGUCUAAAAUUCGCCCCAUAGGAAACAACUUCUUAACGGGCAUUUAGAGAAAGAUAAUAAAAAGUUGACGUUAUCAUAGUCCCCUUUUCCAUCCCAGAGGAUAGGGAGAAGAGAUAAUUAAAGAAAAUGAAAAGCAAAGCGCAAGAAUGGCGAGCGAGGAAGCGAUGGCUACAAACACAAAGGAACCUCUCUCAACAACUCUACACCUUCAACACUGUACGUAGAAGAGUUCUGGUGGUGCAUUUCCAAUUUUACUCUCUCUCUCUCUCUCUCUCUCUCUCUCUCUCUCUCAUUGUGUAUUUAAUUUUAGGGUUAAUUUUGAUAUUCGGUGAUUUUGUUCAUGUUUUGGUGUUUAAGGUGAUAUGGGUUUGUGUUGGUAUUUUUCCUCUUUGUUGAUUCGUGUGUUUCUGUUUCGUUGAUGACAAAUUUCUUGAAUCAGCUCAAUAAACUUUUCUGGUUCCAUGUUAUUUAUUUUCUUCGUUUUCUUUUACAAAGAGUGAAAUUCAGCAUUAGUACUUGGUGUUUUGAUAAAAUGUCUCUAUGGUGGUUUUUUGGUUAUCUUGUUGUGAAUACAGCAGAAAAGAAGUAUUUGGCGCGGGGCACUCUUUGGUGAGUCUUUACAUGCCAUUCCUUAGUUGCUUAGGCUGCUUUUGAAAGCUUGCUGAUAUACAUCAAUGAUGGGAAAAGGAGUUUCCAUUUGGUCCAAAGACCAUUAUUUGGCGUAGAUUUCAUUUUCUGAUACAUCAUUGAUAUAUCUCUUUAAUUUGUUUCUAUAAAUCUUAAAAGUUUUUAAUUUUUUUUCUAUAUUUUUAUUGGAAUCCAAUAUUUCCCAUAUUGGUAAAUCAUGAUGAAUACUGAAUAUAGGAUUUGUUUUGUCACCUUAAGUACUACAAUGUCAGAGGUUUUUAUGAGUUCGUUUUUUCAUUGAGAGAAAUCUUGAGCUUUUAAUGGCAUCUCAAAGAAUUUGCUAGUUAAGGUGAUCAUAUAUGGAAGGGCGUCUUUAAUGUAUACACACUCACAUAAGCAAGAGAGACAAAGGAUGAAAAGUCCUAUCUCAAGGCAUGAGGAAUUUUGGGGUCUGAGCUUGCAAGUUAGUUGACUGACUGUAUAAAUUUUGUUCAUCAAUAUCAGGUGGUGAGCUUCUCUCAGACUCCUUUCCUUACAAGAAAAUCGAGAAUGGAAUACUGUGUGAAUUUUGAGGGGAAGGUUGGUAUUUCCAACUUGCCUCACUUUGGAUUCUUGAAGAUGUUGAAUAUUGAGUUUCACUGCUUUGUAAUCCUAAGAAAGCUUUCUAUAUGAGUGAUGUACUUGUCCCAUUACAUCUUUAUGUGAUUCAAGAACUAAAGGGAAACGAUUGUGUGGGCUGGAUUUAGAGUUUUAGGAUUAUUAUUUGUCUUUUGGUUGUAGUUUAUAUAGCAAUAACUUUGGAUUAUCUGUUAAUUUUGUGAUAUUAAGUGUUAAUUUUGUGAUACUAAGUGCUACUGUUUAACUUGGAAAUCCCAAAAUUUAUUUAAGAGGUGUUUUAUGUAAUUAUAGUUUGGUUUAUCCACUAUUAACUCAUGGUUAUUUUGCUUUG